AUGUCGAAAAGGUGUGGUGAAUGUCUCGAGAAACAACAGGCUCUUGUUAAGAGACGGGGUGCCGAGUUGGUCCGGCGUAGGCUUCGCGACUUAGACGAGUUGGAUAAGGCAGAAGAAAGAGAAAAGGAGGAAAAGGAAAUAGAAGCCCGUCGUGAAGCGGAGUCGAGGCAGCUGGCUGCUACGACUGGCGGCUUAGGCGGCGACCUCUCUUUCGACUUUGGUCCUCUGCCGGGUCCUGAUGACCUGAUCUGGGCAACUUUCGAUUUUGGUGGUGGAACUCCUCAAGUAUCUGGUAGUAGUUGA